GUCUAUGAUUAAGAAGUACGGUCAGGAUGCAACUAAUGUUGGUGACAAGGGUAGCUUUGCACCUAAUAUUGCCAAAAGCUGGUUUUUCAGACAAGGUCAGUUUGCUCUUUGCCAUCUCAAUUAAAUAGCCUCCUCUUGGGCGAUCAUUUUUUAACAUCAAUUCAAUAUAUAGCCUCGAUUAGGUUGUUAUUGGAAUGGAUGUUGCUGCAUUUGAGUUUUACACCUCAGACUAGAAGUAAGACCUGAACUUUAAGGAAGAAGUAUGGUUCUUCUCGGAUGGUCAGUACUCGUCCGAGGAUCUACCCAAUGUGGGGUUUUGGAAGUGUGAGAAGAAAGAAUUGUUUCUCUUGAGAGAAUCCAUGUAGAAAGGGAAAAAGAAAACAUCAUAUAUAAUGGUGAUGAUGUUCUUUUGGUUUGAAUUUGAUUCCUUAGCUGAAAUUAUUAGCUUGGAGUUUGCUUUUGUUGACUGGUUUGUUUCCCAUGAGCCUACUCAAUUAGUUGUUCCAGCCUUUGACUUAUCAACAGGUAGCUGUUGUUAGGUUUAGUUUCUUGAGAUGCCACUUGGUAGUCAACAGUUGAUGGUUAGGAUCAUCAUACAGUUUUGAUAUGUUGUUGAGAACCAAAAAUCUUGUUUUGUUCACUUAAUUUGUACUAUGGUGCAGGUAUUUCGAACAGGGGCAGAAGAAUUUAAAGGAGUUGGGUGAUCAUGUCAACUGCAUCAGUUAGGAACCUCUCAAGCCGAAGUGAUUUCUUUGGCAUUUUGGAGUUUCUCAUUUUUUCUAUUUUUAUAUUUUUUAAUGAAUCAGUACUGCUAUGAACUAAUGUAAGUUGGUAUUUGGUUGAAAAUAUAAUGUGACCAUUAUGGGCUAAAUUGGUUGCAUUACGAUUAUGCUAUCAUAACCAAAUUAGUAGCCUUUCUCAACUAAUAUAUAUAACCAAAUUUUAAGUCAUAUUUAGAACAUUUUAUAACCAAAAAAAUGGUCACAUUUAUAACGUAUGGUUACCAUAAAACAUGGUUGGAAAUAAUAUUUAUGACCAAUGAAUAUAGUUAUUUUUGAACAAAUAGAUUGGUUACAUUAUAUACUUUUUACAACCAAAAUUACUAUUCAUAUUUGGAUUAUAUAGUGACCAUUAAAUAUUGGUAAGGAUAAGAGUUUCAUAACCAAGAAAUUUGGUUACUUAAUGAUAAUUACAUUAGCUAUGAAGAAUAGUUUUGUAACCAAAAUUUUUGUUUUUAAAUAAUUGCUUUUGUGACUUAAUCAUUUGAUUGGUAAAUGAUAUAUGAAUUGGUUGGUUUUCAUGUUAUUUGUGACUAUUUUUACAGAUUUAUUGUUACCAAUUUCUUGGUUGCAAAAAAACUUGUGACCAAUUGGAACUUUCGUCACAAAACAUAUUUUAUUGUGACCAAAUCAAAAAUUGGUCACAAAUUGGUUUUCCUAACGCGGCAAAUAUGACCUAAGCUACUACCAGUAUUUUUUGUCACAACAUAUCGCCACCAAAAUAUGACAUUAGCGACCAUUUAUACUCGUCGCAAAAGGCAGUUUCUGUUGUAGUGUACAAUGCUAUACCUUUUUUUUCAAUAGAUAACUUUAUCAAUAAUUAUCGGAUCGAUAUGAUUACAACAUCAAACACCAGCUAGUCAACUCAGAAAUACUAAUUAGUAAAGACUUGCAUGAAAUUCCAAAGUAUUAUUAAUCGCACACAAAACUUAUUAUUAUGGUUUGCAUGACGUAGCAAAGUACGAGAAGAUGAUAAGGUGGUUAGGUGGUUGUGGUAAUAAGAAAAUAUAUGUACCAUUUCGUACCCAUCUUUUCUUCACACAACACAACAAUAAUGAAUAUUCUUCCCCCAUAAAUUAGGGGUGGAAAUCGAUAUUAUUGAGGUUAACCAUAAAAAUUGACAACCUCUUGAAAACUGAAAAGUCAUUAUUAUGCACCCGAAAAUAAACCCGCAAAAGAGUUGGAUCAAAAGUCAAUGUCAAGUGCGUUCAAUGGCGAGCUUUAAUUUCUUCACGGUGCCGGUGGACAGGAGCAUACUUGGUUGGCUACGGUAGUAAGUAACGCUUGUAAGCCCUUCACAGCCACGAAUUGGAAGACUUCCAAUCAUAUUCCCCGCCGACAACUCUCUUAGCUUUUUCUCUAAAUAAUUAACGCCAAACAUGCAUUCCGCUGGCCACAAUAUCCUGAAAUCCGAAUCCCUCCACAAUACAAAUGGAGCAUUCAAUAUCCGUCAAUGAAACUCUCCUUCUCCUCCUCCUCUUACCACUGCUACUACUUCUCCUUUCUAUCAAACACGUUAACUCAAAGAAGAAGGAAGAGCUCCUCCCUCUUCCUCCAGGGCCAAAGCCAUGGCCGAUUCUCGGAAACAUCCCACACAUGACAAGAAACGUUCACAUCACCAUGUCCGAGUUCGCCAAAUCCUACGGCCCGUUAAUUUCCGUGAAGCUCGGCGCUCAACUUAUCGUCGUCGCCUCUUCUCCGUCAGCCGCAGCCGAAAUCCUCAAAACCCACGACCGAGUCCUAUCGGCAAGGUACGCUAGCAAGGCCAAUCCGUUCAAACUCAGCGAUGUCAACCGAAUGGCAAUCGUGUGGGCCACCACGUGCAACGACAGCUGGAAGUCCCUUCGUGCGCUCUGCAGGACGGAGCUUUUCUCCGGCAGAGCAAUCGAGUUGCAGGCCGCCGUCAGGGAGAGGAAAGUCUGUGAGAUGGUCGAAUUCCUUGCCGCCAGAGAAGGGCGAGUUGUUGAUAUUGGAGAAAUCGUGUUCACUACAGUUUUCAAUUCGCUCUGUAACCUUUUCUUCUCCGACGACUUGUUGGUGUUGGAAGAUCGUAAGGGAAAGGCUAGUGGGUUGAAGAGUCAUAUCUCGAAAAUGAUGGAGCUUGCAGCCACUCUGAACAUUGCUGAUUUCUUUCCUGUAUUGGCGCGGGUAGACCCUCAGGGUUUGAAGAAGAAGGUGGCCAAGGUCGUCAGCCAAAUGUUCUCGGUUUGGGAGCGUUACAUAAAGGAAAGAAGAGAAACCCAUGAAUCGGAAUUUCAUGUCGACGCUCUGAAAGGCGAUUUCCUCGACGUUUUUCUUUCCAAUGGUUUUGACGAUCACAAAAUCAAUUGGCUAUUCUUUGAAUUGCUGACAGCGGGAACAGAUACCAUUACUACGACAGUAGAAUGGGCAAUGGCAGAGCUUCUUAGAAAUGGGAAAGCAAUGACAAAAGUUCGCGAAGAGUUGAAGAGAGAAAUUGGAGAAAACUCCGUUAAUGAAGUUAAUGCCUCUCAACUGAUAUUUCUGAAUGCAUGCAUAAAAGAGACAUUCAGGCUACAUCCACCCGUACCGUUCCUGAUUCCUCACUGUGCUAUGGAGACUUGCGAAGUGAUGAACUACAGAAUACCCAAGGAUUCCCAGGUGCUAGUCAAUGUGUGGGCAAUUGGUCGAGAUCCAUCUGUUUGGGAGGAUCCCUUGUCGUUUAGACCUGAGAGGUUCCUUGACAAGGGGUCAGCUGUUGCGGACUUCAAAGGUUGUGACUUUGAGCUUCUGCCGUUCGGGUCGGGUCGGAGGGCGUGCCCGGGACUUCCCAUGGCAACUAAACAAUUGUCGUUGAUUCUUGCUUCGUUGAUUGAAGGGUUUGAUUGGACUCUCCCCGACGGCGACGAUCCGGCCAAAUUGGAUAUGGAGGAGAAGUUUGGACUUACACUACAGAAGGACCAACCUCUGUUACUUAUUGCCAGAAAACAGAAAAUGUGACAGGUUAAUUAUUGCCAGAAAACAAAAAUUGCACAGGUUGAAUAUAUCAUCUCUUGUGUUGAUAAAUCAUUAGGUUUUAAGUUUGCACAGGUUGUCUAUACCUUCCUUAGUGCUAAAUCAUUGUUUUAAAUUGUGGGUCGUCAUUAUAAGGAACAAGUCUUUGUCCUGAUCGUAUUUGUAUACCCUUGCAUAGCGAUCUUUAGUAUUGCAAUCCUAUUUGUACACUGUAAUAUCUUUGGGUGUAUAUACCCGUGUUAAUAUCAAUAUACGUAUUGUUGCAAU